GCUCGGGUGGCGCCUGCGCAGUAGCGCGUCGCGCUCCGUGCCGUUGCCUGCUAUGUGCGGGGAAUAACGGUGCGGCGGUUACUGGCGCCAGAGCGCGACGAGCAGCGUCAGCGCCGACCCAGCGAGUGGCGGGGAAGAUGACGUAGCUUUGCCAAGAACUUAGCAGCUAAGCAGAAAAUGAGCUUAACAUCCUGGUUUUUGGUGAGCAGCGGAGGCACUCGCCACAGGCUGCCACGGGAGAUGAUUUUUGUUGGAAGAGAUGACUGUGAGCUGAUGUUGCAGUCACGGAGUGUGGACAAGCAACAUGCUGUACUUAAUUAUGAUGCUUCUACAGAUGAACAUUUGGUGAAGGAUUUGGGCAGCCUAAAUGGGACAUUUGUGAAUGAUGUGAGGAUUCCGGAACAGACGUACAUUACCCUGAAGCUUGAAGAUAAACUGAGAUUUGGAUAUGAUACUAAUCUUUUUACUGUAGUCAGAGGAGAAAUGAGGGUUCCUGAAGAAGCACUUAAGCAUGAAAAAUUCACGAGUCAGCUCCAGUUAUCCCAGAAAUCCUCAGAGAUAGAAGGAUCAAAGUCAAUCAGCUCCAAAGGUACAGAGCCAAAGGUACCAGAUGCUAUGACUGAAAUGCAUCACAAAGCUACAGAAGCAUUGAAAUCUGAAGAAAAAUCUAUGGAUCUUUCUGCAAUGCCUCGUGGUACGCCUUUAUAUGGACAGCCGUCAUGGUGGGGUGAUGAUGAGGCUGAGGAAAAAAAUGGUUGCAAGCAAGAAGGCAAACGUGAAGAAAAAAUUCAUGAAACAGGAGCUUCAGGAUGCAGCACAGAUACCAAGCAAGUUGAGGAGCAUUCUGCAUCUGCAAAUGAAGAACUUUAUCCUUUCUGUAGGGAGCCAAGUUACUUUGAAAUCCCUACAAAGGAAUUCCAGCAAACUUCACAGAUAGAGGAGAAUGCUAUCCAUGAAAUUCCAACAAAAGACACACAAAGCUCCCAUGCAGCAGGUGCUGGGCAUGCUUCAUUUACCAUUGAAUUUGAUGAUAACACCCCCGGAAAAGUAACAAUCAAAGAUCAUGUGACAAAAUUCACUUCAGAUCAACGACAUAAGCCGAAGAAGUCGUCAUCUGGUGGUCAGGACCUGCCUGCGCUUCAAACAGUGAUGAUGGCUGCUGAGAGCAAAGUAGCUGACUGGCUAGCACAGAAUAACCCCCCUAGAAUGAUAUGGGAACCAACAGAAGAAGAUUCAAAAAGUAUUAAGAGUGAUGUUCCAGUUUACUUGAAGAGACUGAAAGGAAAUAAACAUGACGACGGGACACAAAGUGAUUCAGAAAAUGUUGGUGCCCACAGGCAUUACAGUAAACGGGCCACACUUGAAGAACAUUUAAGGCAUCAUCAUGCAGAACAGAAGUCGUCAUACCAGAAAGUUCACUCUGCAGAAAAGCACCAAGAACAAGCUACUGUAAGUCAGACUGCCUUUAUGAUUGAGUUUUUUGAUGAAGACCAUCCUCGAAAGAGAAGGUCUUAUUCCUUUUCUCAGAAUGUGGGAGGUGUCUGCCCCGAAACGACUUCUCCAACACCUCAUGCAAGAGCUGAGAGAGUGAAGCCACCGUCAGGAGACAAAACAGUUUCUUCACCUUUGCAGACUAGCUCUUCACACCACAGGACAGUACAUGGUGUUCAUGCAAAACUGUUAAAGCAGAAAUCUGAAGAGCCUUCUGCUGCAUUACCUAUCUUACAAACUGUAUUGUUAAGGAGCUCUGGAAGCCUUGGGCAUAGGCCAGGACAGAGCCAGGAGAUGGACAAAAAGUUAAAAAGCCAACCUGUGUCUGCUGCUACUGAAAAGGAUAAUGAUGACGACCAAAGUGACAAAGGAACAUACACUAUUGAGUUGGAAAAUCCCAAUUCGGAGGAAGUGGAAGCACGUAAAAUGAUUGACAAGGUAUUUGGAGUGGAUGACAGCCAGGAUUAUAAUAGGCCUGUUGUCAACGAGAACCAGAAAGAUUUAGUAAAAGAUUGGGCUAUAAAUUCUGCUACAGUAGUACUGGAAGAAAAAAGACCACUGAGUACAACUGGAUUUCUUGACACAGAGGAAAGCUGUACUGCAUCUGGAAAUAAACGAUGGGUAUCACAGUGGGCUAGUUUGGCUGCUAAUCAUACACGACAUGACCAGGAUGACUUGAGGUUGGAGCCAUCUGCAUCUGGUCCUUUAGAAAACGAUACAGACAUCAGUGAAUCUGGCAUUUCAGUUAAAAGCACUGGUUCAGCCACGUCUGUGACUAGCCAAGGUGAGCGGAAGAGGAGAACACUUCCACAGCUUCCAAAAGAGGAGAAAACUGCUGAAAGUCCAAGAGCAAAGGGUACAUCUCAGAGAUCAGAGAUAGGUGAAAAACAGGACACAGAACUUCAGGAGAAAGAAACUCCAACUCGUACAUCCCAAAAAGAAAUACCACAUGAUGCAGAUAGCAGAAGCAUGGCUAAGUCAAGCAGAGCAAUGAAUGGUCUCUCUCCAAAAGCUGGUGGAGACAACAAGGUAUUUUCUCACCCUACCAGUUGUCCUUCCAGUAAAGACAAGGGUGAAAUUGCCAGGGAAACUUCAGUGGUAAAACAAGCUUUAGCUAAAAUUCAACAGCAGGAACAAAAAGAGCAGGCACAUUGGACACCUGCUAAACUACUUUCCACAAAAGCUACUGCAAACCAGGUUGAGAAAGGUAGAGAGGAGGCUCCUACUCCCCAUAAAAGCUUGGAUAAUCAUGAAAAGGCCCCAGGACACGCUGUUGGUAAAGCAGAAGUGAAGGUGGCCCAAAGUGAAGGGAAAAGAAGAAAAACUGAGGAAAUCAUAAAAGGUCAAACUCCAAAAGGAUUUGGAGGAGAGAAGAAGGAAUCGUCAAAACCAUUAGUGAGACAAGGCAGCUUUACUAUAGAUAAGCCUAGCACAAAUAUCCCUAUAGAACUUAUCCCUCAUAUUAAUAAACAGACUGGAUCUGCUCCCCCUUCAGCAUCCACAAACCGAAUACGUGAGAGAAGUGAUUCUAUGGAUACUGAUUCUAGUCUGGAUACAACACUCAUUUUAAAAGACACAGAAGCAGUAAUGGCUUUUCUUGAAGCUAAGUUGCGUGAAGAAAACAAAACAGAUGAAGGUCCUGAUACUCCUAGCUAUAAUAGAGAUAAUUCUAUUUCACCAGAGUCUGAUGUAGACACAGCCAGUACAAUUAGUUUGGUUACUGGUGAUGCUGAAAGAAAACCCAGUCAAAAGCGAAAGAGCUUCACUACUCUCUAUAAAGAUAGAUGUUCCACUGGUUCUCCUUCCAAGGAUAUUUUAAAAUCUUCUGCAACAAAUGCUAGAGAAAAGGUAGAAAAGAAAACUAAAACCCGAUCUUCAGAUGCUGGUUCAAGAGCAGAUGCUCGUAAACUCGUGCAUUCCAGUGGAAGAAUAAGGCAACCAUCAGUAGAUUUAACAGAUGACGACCAGACAUCUAGCGUACCUCAUUCUGCCAUUUCUGAUAUCUUGUCAUCUGACCAGGAAACUUACUCUGGCAAAUCACAUGGAAGGGUUCCCUUUACCUCUGCAGAUGAACUCCUACAUUCCAAAAUGGAAGGGAAGUCGGUUAAAUCAAAGACUUCACCUGUUACAACUGGACAGUCUAGUAAGUCUACCACUCUUCCAAGGCCUCGUCCCACGAGGACUUCUCUCUUGCGCAGAGCACGGCUUGGUGAAGCCUCAGAUAGUGAACUUGCUGAUGCUGAUAAAGCUUCAGUGGCUUCUGAAGUAUCCACUACAAGUUCUACAUCAAAGCCUCCAUCAGGAAGGAGAAAUAUUUCCAGAAUAGAUUUACUUGCUCAACCACGCAGAACUCGACUUGGCUCUUUAUCAGCACGAAGUGAUUCUGAAGCAACAAUAACUAGAAGUACUGCUUCAUCUCGUACCCCAGAAGCCAUCAUUAGAAGUGGUGCAAGAUUAACACCACCAGCGGAUAGUAGUAAAAUUUCUGCUAGAACUAGAGCUAAUAGCAUUUCUCGACUUUCAGAUUCAAAAUCCAAGCCAUUGACCUCAGCCCAUAAUUCUCCAACAGUAAACUCAAGAUGGAGGCGCUUUCCUACAGAUUAUGCUUCCACCUCAGAAGAUGAAUUUGGAUCAAACCGUAAUUCCCCUAAACAUACCCGUCUACGUACUUCUCCAGCCCUGAAAACCACUCGACUGCAGAGCACUGGAACAGCAACGCAAAGUAGCAGUACAUUCAAGCGUAGGAUAAAGGAACAGGAAGACUACCUUAGAGAUUGGACUGCUCAUCGAGAAGAAAUAGCAAGGAUCAGCCAAGAUUUGGCUCUCAUCGCCCGGGAAAUCAACGAUGUAGCAGGAGAGAUAGAUUCAGUGACUUCAUCAGGCACUGCCCCCAGUACCACAGUAAGCACUGCCGCCACCACCCCUGGCUCUGCCAUAGACACUAGAGAAGAGGUAGGAGAUCUUCAUGGAGAAAUGCAUAAGUUGGUUGAUCGUGUAUUUGAUGAAAGUCUAAACUUCAGAAAAAUUCCUCCACUAGUGCAUGCCAAACCACCAGAAGGAAAUGGUCGGUCUAAUGAUUCUAGGCCUCAGCUAACAGAAGCACUUGAUCCCCCAACAAUUACACGGAGGAGAACUUGGAGCAGAGAUGAAGUUAUGGGAGACAGCUUGCUGUUAUCAUCAGUCUUCCAGUUUUCUCGGAAGAUAAGACAAUCCAUAGACAAAACAGCUGGCAAAAUCAGAAUAUUAUUUAAGGACAAAGACCGAAACUGGGAAGAAAUUGAAAACAAGUUACGAGCUGAAGGUGAAAUUCCUAUUGUGAAAACUUCAAGCAUGGAAAUUUCAUCAAUCUUACAGGAGCUUAAACGAGUUGAGAAACAACUGCAAGUGAUUAAUGCUAUGAUUGACCCUGAUGGUACCUUGGAUGCCCUGAGCAACUUGGGAUUCACUAGCCCUGUCAUACCAGCUGUACCCAAACAGAAGUCCAGUCCUGCUUCUCACCCUACCCGCCCUCAAAUACAACCAAACUGUCAACCAGAAGCUCGGGCUCUUAGACCUGCUGCUAAUUCCGUUUCAACUGAAUUUGACAAUGUUGAACCUGAGCCUGAUUUCAGCAUACAUUUUAAUAGGUUCAACCCAGAUGGGGAGGAGGAAGAUCCCACUGUACGUGAAUGAUGUUAUUCAUCAUUGACAUAUAUACCUUUAUUGUUGGAAUGUCUAAAAAUAAAAUCAUAACAUUGGUUUUAUAUUUAAAAAAAAAAAAAGGAAAAGAAAGGCUUGGUCAGAAUAGCAGUUGUUUUGUUAAAUCAUUUUUCUUUAACUGUGAUAUUUUGAUUGUCUCUCAAAUCCUUUUCUAACCAUACAGAUAAGUAUAGAUAUCAAUGUAGAAAAAGCAGAUUGUGGCAGGUUUGCCCUUUGUGGUUGUGUGCUUUGCAGACAGAGUUAUUAUGUCAGCAGUCUUUUCCAUCACAUAUGUUAUUUCUUUUUAAAAGCCAUGCUUUUAAAAGGGACCUGUGAGCAGGCUAACAUCCUAUGUUACUGAAACCCCAAGUCUCCUUUGGUAAGCUGCUCUAUAAAUGGACCUCUUCAACUAAAGUUUGUACAGAAUUAUUGAACAGUUGCAUUUGAUUCUGACUGAGAUGAUUUAUAUAGGAUACAUUAACUUUGAGUAAAAUGAUACAUUGCUAUAUAAGGUAAGACAGAUUUCGCAAAACAUUCAUUCUUGUGUACUGAAAUUUUCAAACAGUCCUGUGAUUUAUAUAAACCUUGUUGCUGCGUACGUUGUCUUGGGGUUUACAACAUUCAGCUAUUAUGUUUGCACUAAGAAUUUGCUGGGAGUAGUAGGUGAACAUAUCGAUAGGAGCAAACAGUAUUUUCAUGUACAUAAAAAAUAAAAAAAAAAAAUGAUAAUACCAUACCUGUUUUAACACAGCAAUGUUUUAAUCCACUUUCUGAAAGGAUUAUUUGGCACUUUCUGAUCUUGUUCAAAAUGUCUUUUUGAUGUUAAUGAAAGUAAAAUAAUAAUAAUAACCUUAUUUCUGUCCAAAUGUUUGUUGAAAAUAGGAAACAUAUAGCUAUGUGAGACGUUUAAAAGGCAAAUGAGUUCUUAUAUUUGGUCACCGAUUCAAAUGCAACGUAAGUUUACAAAAAAGACGGUUGUGUCUUGGAAUGAUCAUGAGAUGUAAAAUUUUCUUCAGGAGACUUGGAGAUAGAGUAAUCAUAACUUGGUUAAUCAGUAGGCUCACACCCAAGCAAAUAAAUUGCUUCUGUAUAUUUUCUUGUAGACUCUAGUAAAUCUCUCUCUCUCUCUCUCUCACACACAUUUACAAGGACUCUGGAAGAAGACUGCUAAUGUAGACUUUUUGCUUGUAACACUGAAAAGCAAGUCUAUUUAAAAUAUCUUGUAUAAACCUAUUUUCCUUAGAAGUUUUCCCAGUAAUUUAACAUUUGGAAAUAAUAAACUAAAAGUAAAUAACCCUCUUUUUCCAGAACACUGUAAUAUUGAAGGAAUCUUAUUUCUGUUAAAUGUAACUAAUAGACUGGAAUUUUCCUACGUUUGCAUUGGUCUCUCUGUAUUAAGGUUACAAAUACAGUUUUGCAGCUUUUAUGAAAUGGUCUUUAAUAUUUCAGCAAUAAUCCUAUGUGACAUUUAUUUAAAAAUCUUUUCUGUACACUUUUAAAUAGUACAGGCUUUCAGAAGUCAUUACAAGAUGGACCAAUUAAUAAAAAUGCAAAAACUUUUUUGUAGAGAUGUAAAGAACCCAGUAAUAUGUUGUAUAAUGGUUUCAUAUAUUCACUUUAAAACGUAAAAGAAAAUAGAAUAACCUUGUACUACUCGGUAUGCUCCACUCUGCCUAACAGUGGAGGCCUGAACUACACUAGUUUACACAGAAGCUAUAUGAAAGGGUCGAAAUGGUGCAGGGCAAAAAUAACCAUUGAAAAUGGGGUCAGGUGUUGAAAACUAAGGGCACCAAACCAUCACUAUAAUUCCUUCCUUUGUUUAAUGCUUGGGAACAGAAUUUUUCCACAGGUGCAAGUGAAAAACA